AUGGGAGGAGGGGUGUUGAGCAGGCUCCUGCUGGGGGUGCUGCUUCUGUCCCUGCUGCUGAUCCAGCAGAUGCAUUCACAGCCGGUCUCCACACCCAGCGGGGGAAGCGCCGCCACUGUCGCCCCCAGCAAGGCCACGACGACGAAGGCCACCACCAAGGGAGGCGGCAGCGCCGUGCAGUCCGCGGUGGAAGUCAUCCUGCUUUCCCUUUCCCUCCUUUCUCAUCUCUACUGCUGA